ACACACAUACAAGAAAGUCUCUAAGGCAGGAGCAGAAGGUGAAUAUUUUGGGCUUUUCCAGCCAUGCAUUCCCGGACACAACUGCUCACCUCCGCUGCGUUUCCUGUGAGAGAGUCACGGAUCAUUCGCGAACAGUUGGCUGGAGGCUCACUUUCAAGAAACUUUAUUUUAAUAUCGAAGCGCUGGCCUGGGCUUGGCAGUUUGCAGCCCCUGCUCUAAGGUGUGAGCCCAGCGGGCGGCACUGCUGGUGCACAGAAGGUGACUGUCCCCGCUGCUGGCGCACAGAAGGUGACUGUCCCCGCUGCUGGCGCACAGAAGACGACUCUGCACCACCACACCCGCGGUGCAUUCAUCCACAUUCUUGGCUUCUCUAGAUAUUGAAAAGUUUGCGUUUGUGGCAGUCUAAGGAGUGAAUGAUAACCCUUACAGCUGUAGCUGUACCACGUACGUUCUUCGGCCCCAGCGUCUGUGGUAACUUGACCCAGCGAACAAGACUGAGUCCCAGUGAGGACAGAAUGAAUCCCGUUCACCUUCGUGCUGACGACACUGGAGUGGCACCUCGCACACUUGUGGGCCGAAAAACAUUCUGUCAUACUAUCUUACUUAAAACACUACAGGAUUUUUAAAAGACUUCUAGUUCUUGAAUAAGGUAUAAUGCAGAACCAGGUAUAUGAUAAAGAGCCUAUAUACUGAAUCAUGAUAAGAAUGGUCAAAAUCAACGUACCAGGGACGACUUCAUUUACAAAUAGCGGGAGCUCUGAUAAUAAGGCUACUGAACUUUCUCCUGCAAGACGCCUGGAAGCAGGUGGCCCUGGGCAGGCACAGCACACGACCGGGGUCAUAAAGGACGAAGGGUGUUUCCAGGUUUCUGCUCUGCCGCCCUUCACUUGCCUUGUCUCAGCCCAGCGUGGCUUCAGCAGCUCCAAGAGUAACGUCUGCAGCAGAAGCAGGAGGAAGGGGAGAGGGGAGAGGGCACCAUCAGCAUCUCGCUCUUCUCCGGAAGCAGCAGCUGCCCUGCAGAUGGCCUCACACACCUUGCAGGUCCCAUCGCCAGCACACGGUCACACGACGGACUCUAGAUGGAAGAGAGACAGAACAGAGGGAACUGGCAUCCAGCUCAGAAUAGUUUCCAUUUGUUCCCGGGAACCAAGCACAUUUGCAUGACGGUUCCUGAAAGCUCCCACUCCAGGGUCUUCCCGCCUUUCCUUUAUUAUCUGGCGUCCGUGUCUUCAGAUUCAGUAGAAACAUGCUCUUUCAGGAGUCGUUGUCAUUUGAGGAUGUGGCUGUGAGCUUCACACGGGACGAGUGUCAGCUCCUGGACUCUGCUCAGAAGAACCUGUACAGAAAUGUGAUGUUGGAGAACGUGAGCAGCCUCGUGUCCCUGGGAUUUCAACUUAUCAAACCAGAUGUGAUCUUCAAACUGGAGCGAGAGCAGCCAUGGACAAUAGGUGAAGAGGUCCCAAGCCAGAGCUUUUCAGAAUACUGGAAAGUUGAUGAUUACAAAGCUUGGCACCGAGAAAUCCAAGACAGGAUUAAAAAAUCGGAACACGUCCAUGACACUAAUGCAAGCGGAGAACCAUUUCAGUCCUGCAUGAGCCUCGCACCUUUAAAGCAAAAGUCCAAUAAGUGUGUCUCAAAUGGAAAACAUUUGAAAUACUCUUUGGAUUUAUUUACGGAGACUGGAAACCGUGGAAGAAGGAAACCUGGUAAGUUCAAUAGAUAUGAGAAAUCCUUUUUCUAUACCGAACAUGAAAAAACUCAUGUUGGGUUAAAGUGCUAUGAAUGUAACGAUUGUGGAAAAGUAAUCAGCAAGAAGUCACGGCUCAUUGUACAUCAGAGAACUCACACAGGAGAGAAACCAUUUAAAUGUAGUGAAUGUGGCAAAGCCUUUUCCCAGAAGUCACACCUUGUGACGCAUCAGACCAUUCACACAGGAGAGAAACUUUAUGGAUGUGAGUGUGGGAAGGCCUUCUCUAGAAAGUCACAUCUUGUUACACACCAGAGAACUCACACAGGAGAGAAACCUUAUGAAUGCUGCGAGUGUCACAAAGUCUUCUCUCAGACGUCACAGCUCAUUAUUCAUCACCGAAGUCAUACAGGAGAGAGACCCUAUGCAUGCGGUGAAUGUGGGAAAGGCUGUAGUGGGAAGUCACAAUUUAUUACUCAUAAGAGAACCCAUAUAGACGAAAAGCCCAAUAAAUGCAACGAAUGUGGGAAAGCCCUCAGAGAGAAGUCAAGUCUCAGUAAACAUCAGAGAAUCCAUUCAGGACAGAAGCCGUAUGGAUGCCGCGAAUGUGGGAAAGCCUUCAGUGGCAAGUCGCCCCUCCUUAGACAUGCGAAAACCCAUUCAGGAGAAAAGCCCUAUGGAUGUAAGGAAUGUAUGAAAGCAUUUAUUUGGAAGUCCCAGCUCAUCAUACAUCAGAGAACUCACACAGGAGAGAAGCCCUGUGGAUGCAGCGCUUGUGGGAAAGCUUUUUCCCAGAAAUCACACCUCAUGAUACAUCAGAGAAUUCACAUAGAGCAGGCACCCCAGAAAUAGAGUGAAUGUGAGAAGCUUUUAAGAAAGUAAUCACACUUCUCUCUAUAUCAUAAAACACAUUUAUAGAAAUUCUGUGAAUGCUGUGAGUGUCGGCAAGGCAUUGGCAGGAAGUUCUGCUUCCUUAAACUUCAGAACGCCAAAUGGGAGAGGAAGGCUAUGUGUGGAGCAAAUGUAGCAAAGACAGUAGAGAGAAGCACUCAGCCAGUAGUCUAGUCUCAUUGUAAAUCAAGUUAUUCAUAUUGAGGACAAAAAUACUGAUUUCAGGGAAUAUGGGAAAAUUUGUCCAUAGAAAUGUUAAAAAAGUCAAUCUCCAACUACGGUAUUGCAUCUUUUAAUGAAAAGAUUAUAUAUUCAAUUUUAAACAAUGAGCAUAUGAAGCUAUAAAGAUCUGUCUGUCUGUGUAUGAAUAUGUUCAGUAAUUGUGACAGCCAAGUAGAAAGUCCAUUGCUUAUAUUCCUGAGUAUGGCUACAUGUUAUGGAUUUAAAGAAUUUCAUACAUAUGUGAAAUUAAUCUGUGAACACAGUAAGUGUCAUGUUUAUAGCACAGCAUCUCCCCGGAAUGCUGCACAAUGUAUAUCGUUUGUCUUGUACUAUAAUAGAAGAUAAGCCGUACCAAAGAUUCAGUUAUUUAACAAAUAGUUUAAAUUAUAUUGCCAGAUACUUUUUGGCAUAUGUAAAUGUUCUCGGGACCACUUACCAUGCUCUGUGUUCAAUAAUAGAGGCUGGAGUUUUUCAGUAAAAUCUCCUGCCUCUUCUGAGUCACCAGUUAUGUCCAGAUUGUUAUUCAUAUUAAAUAUGCAGGGGCGAGAACGCAAGUUAGCAUAUGACCAAGUGCGCGAACGAAACGCUCUCAACUGCAUUGCUCAUCACCUAAACAUAUGAGAAAUGGAGCUGGUGAAAAUAAAAUAUGCACAAAAC